AGAUGUAGUCCGCAGCGCAGCCCUGCGCCUGCGCCCUGGGCAGUUGCCGGUGAGCUUGGGAGAACCGUGGGCGCUGAGGCGCUGUAGGUGGCUCCCUCCCACCCCAACGAUUUCAGAGAGAAACGAGUUGGAAUCUGAGAAGUGAGGCUCCAGAUAAACUGUAAACUGCUGGAAGGGGGCGAUGGCUGUGGCCCUGGGUUGUGCAAUCCAGGCAUCCUUGAAUCAAGGCUCUGUGUUUCAAGAGUAUGAUACUGACUGUGAAGUUUUCCGUCAGCGCUUCAGGCAGUUCCAGUACAGAGAAGCAGCUGGGCCUCAUGAAGCAUUUAACAAGCUCUGGGAGCUUUGCUGUCAAUGGCUGAAGCCAAAGAUGCGCUCUAAGGAACAAAUCCUGGAGCUGCUAGUGUUGGAGCAAUUCCUAACUAUCCUGCCCACAGAGAUAGAGACCUGGGUGAGGGAGCACUGCCCAGAGAAUAGAGAAAGAGUUGUGUCACUGAUAGAAGACUUGCAGAGAGAACUUGAGAUACCAGAGCAGCAGGUUGAUAUGCAUGACAUGCUCUUGGAAGAACUGGCACCAGUGGGAACAGCACACAUACCACCAACCAUGCACCUAGAGGCACCUGCACUCCAGGUAAUGGGACCUGCCCAGGAGGCCCCAGUAGCAGAGGCGUGGAUCCCACAGGCAGGGCCACAGGAGCUGAACUAUGGUGCUACUGGAGAAUGUCAGCCCUUUCUGGACCCUGGAUAUCCAUUACCGAAACUUGACAUGAACUUCUCAUUGGAGAAUAGAGAAGAGCCAUGGGUGAAGGAAUUACAGGAUUCUAAAGAAAUGAAACAAUUACUUGAUUCCAAGAUAGGUUUUGAGAUUGGGAUAGAAAAUGAAGAAGAUACUUCAAAACAGAAAAAAAUGGAGACUAUGUAUCCAUUUAUUGUAACUUUAGAGGGGAAUGCUCUCCAGGGUCCCAUUUUGCAAAAAGACUAUGUACAGUUAGAAAAUCAAUGGGAACCCCCCCCAGAGGAUUUACAGACAGAUUUAGCAAAACUGGUAGAUCAGCAGAACCCCACUCUGGGAGAGACACCUGAGAACUCCAACUUGGAAGAACCUCUCAACCCCAAACCCCAUAAGAAAAAGAGUCCAGGAGAGAAACCUCACCGAUGUCCUCAGUGUGGAAAAUGUUUUGCUCGAAAGUCACAACUUACUGGGCAUCAGAGAAUUCAUUCAGGAGAAGAACCUCACAAAUGCCCUGAAUGUGGGAAAAGAUUCCUUCGUAGUUCAGAUCUUUAUAGACACCAACGACUUCAUACAGGGGAGAGACCCUAUGAAUGCACUGUAUGUAAAAAGCGAUUCACUCGGCGGUCACAUCUUAUAGGGCACCAGAGAACCCAUUCUGAAGAAGAAACAUAUAAAUGUCUUGAGUGUGGGAAAAGUUUUUGUCAUGGAUCAAGUCUUAAAAGACAUCUGAAAACUCAUACAGGUGAAAAACCUCAUAGAUGUCAUAAUUGUGGGAAAAGUUUUAGUCGACUGACAGCUCUUACUUUGCACCAGAGAACGCAUACUGAAGAGAGACCUUUUAAGUGUAAUUAUUGUGGGAAAAGUUUUAGACAGAGACCAAGCCUCGUUAUUCAUUUAAGAAUCCACACAGGGGAGAAGCCGUACAAGUGUACUCAUUGUUCUAAAAGCUUCAGACAGAGAGCUGGCCUUAUUAUGCACCAGGUCACUCACUUUAGAGGACUUAUUUAAGAAUCGCUGAAACAGGUCCUACACAAAUUGACACUAACUCAAAAAAAAUCUUAACCUGCAGCAGGCUGUUUGUCUUGGAAGCUUUUGUUUAAGCUUAUAAGAUAGACAGCUAUUUUUUUUUUUUUUUUUGCUAGUUUUAAAACCCAUCUUCCAAGCAAUAUGAAUUUUAGAGUAUUUAUCUAUUCUUGUGAUUUUCUUAGAUUUGAUUUCUUCUGUCAGCACAACUCUUCUUUUUUUAAUUACAAUGAAAAAUUUUGUGUUCCAAGGCAACUGUAUCAUAGGUGUAAACAUAAAGCAUAUAAAUUAUGACAAUCCUUUUAGAGGUAGGGUCAAUAUAGUGGAUAAACAUGUCUAUCAGAUGUAUUGAUUAUAGCAGUACUAUAGUUAUUCUGCUGUCAUUAUUAAAGAUGAUUAUAUUCAUUCAAAGCUUUAGAUGUGUCCCAUGUGGCAAGAAAGGAGACAGUGAAUUUUGUCAAACAAUAAAAAUGUGUCAGGAACACAAGGAUGAAGGGGAUGUCAUUUGCCUGGUAAGAACUGGGUUAUUUCUACUGAAAUUUUUUAUGUUUAAAGAAAUUAAGAUUUUAACCUUUACUUUUGAAUUUUGCAAAGUUUGCUAGUCUGCUUAGUCAGCAGUCUGUGGUAAUGCUGCUAAAAGCAGAGUAUUAAUCUGGUAAUUUAUUUUGUUCACAGAAUAAGUAAGCUCUAUGUCUGGAAGAAUCCAUUUGGCAAUUGAAAUUAUACAAGCAGGAUCUAAUUUAAUUGUGAUUGACUGAAGAACCAGGGUCUUUUGCUCUCCUUUGGUAUUUCACUCUCCUUUGGUAUUCAAUCAUGUGUCUUUCAGUGCUUUUUAAAAUUUUACCCAUUCUUUAAUUUAGUGUCUCCAUAUGUGUGUGUCAUAGAAUACUUAGUUCUGCUAGAUAUUCUGCAAAUAUAUUUGGGAAUUGCUUCCUGCUGUUUCGCCUUCUUAGAUUCAUAGUGCACAUCAGCAUGUGAGAAUCUCUGAGAGGUCUUCUAGAAAGGAGAGAAAAAGCACCUCUUUUGGCUCAAUGUUUUCCAAACUUAUUUGACCCCAAAACCUUUUUCAUAUACCCAAUAAUAAGCUACAGAACUAAUAAUCUGCAAAUGUCUCUUGGAACACACUGCCUUAAACAGAUAUUUCUAUAGCUAUCAGUAUAGUUAAGUUGCUCCCAAGCCUAGUUAUCUCCAGUUGUUUUAAGGGUGUUAUGAAAAAUUCUUAAAAUAUAUAUGAAUUUGUAUAACACACACAGAGACACACACACACAUAUACAUACAUACUACUUUAAGGGGGUGAGGGUCACUAAUUCAGAUAAUUUUUAAGUUGCCUAGUGAUUCUCAAUCUCUUUGAAUUUUACUUAUAUUUACACACACACACAUAUGUAUAUACACAUAUCAUUUUAAGAAGAUGAGGAUCACUAAUUCAGAUAAUUUAUAAGUUGCCCAGUGAUUCUCAACCUCUUUGAAUUUUACUUAUAAUUACAUACACACACACACACACACAUGCACACACGUUGCUACUUAUAUAAAUGUUCUCAUGUAAUCAUGGUAACAGCUCAAAUUCCCAAAGCAAGGGAAGACUUCUCAUUGUCAGUUAAACCUGUUAAAACAUGAAAAUAUUCAUUGAGCCUAGUUCCUUGUUAUAAAAUACAAGAAAUAGGACAUUCAAGCAUUUUCCCUUUAUGAAGAUACUCAGUCAUUCUUUCCUUAAACUACAAUUAGGGAAAGUAUAUCUCUUCUAUUCCUUUGAAGUUCUCGAAAGUGAUGUAAGUACUUUGGGGGUAUCUACUAUGUGCCUAACUAGUCCUAGUCCUGUUCUAGGCUUAGUGGAAGCUAGUAAAGAAAUGUAAUUCAUGGAUCAGGCUCAUAAAGAUUUUAUAAUAUUUUUAGUUAAACAAGAGUUGGGAAACAGGUGGAGAAAAAUGCAAGAGAGUUUGUAAUUAAGUGCCAAUUAUACCAAUUGCUAGACCUAGGAUGUGUCUUUAAUUCUUGUCAUCCAGGUCCUUGUGUGAUGCUGCUAUAAGUCUGGGGCUCAAACUGAUAUCCCAGUAGCAAUAAACGUAUAAUAUGGGAGGAGUCCGAAUGUAGAGAUGAAAAAUACAGAAUGUGAUGGCUUCUCUUUUCUCUCUUGUGGAAUUGCAUUCAAACCAGAACAGUGCCUUAGAAUGGAUGUGCCCAACUGCUCUGUAUUUAUGCAAUAUUUUAAUAAAGCAGAAAUGUAUGUGC